UUGGACCAGGACGCACACGAGUGGCAUCAAUCCACUCUCUGAAUUUUCAUCCUCGAGUGUUUUCGAUGUUUUAGUCAAUGUCACUUACGCCGAUUACAUCGUGUUGAAGACUGAUUUAUUCUGGUUGUUGGCAGGAAGAGAAGAAUAUUGUGGAAAAUGUGGGGGAGGAUGAGAUUUUGUCUGCUGUCAAUGUUCUCCGUGUGCUGCGUGACGGCGUCGUUGGAGGACACAUUUGAGACAGUUCACAACAGCAAUGCCGCAAUUUUGAAUCGCCUGGGCCUGGUGCCACUGGAGAUCCCCGACGGCCACCACAAGAAGCGCCUAGCGGGCCCAGAACCCCCCGAAUUAUCGGGCCUCCAGACCCGCCUGCAUCAGCCCUACAGCCGGCAUCACGGUAACCGUGACAGUCACGUUUACGUCGUCAAGUUGCCGGCAAGCGCACCUUACUACACCAUAACGACGCCCCACAAGUCGCCGGUUAAAGAUGAUAAACUAGCGAAUAAAAUGCCGAUGAAUAAGAAUGCCGUCAGCUCAAGCGUGAUACAUCAAUCACCGCCGGUUGGCUUCCACAGCAAUGGCAAACCGGCCAAGAUAUAUCACUGGAAUCUCCCAGUCAUGAAGAAGAUGAGUGAGAAGAAGCGGCUGCACGCGCAAUUUCGAAUGGACCAGUUGAGGAAGAAAUUUGAGGCCGAAAGAAUGGCCGGCGGAUCGUCGAAACAGAGCCACAAUUUUCUCAACGUCCCCAUGAAGCUCCUGAAGAAGGACGACGUCAAGAGAUUCAUGGCCAACAGCCUCACGAGUCCCAGUGAUCAGUCGGCGAUCAAGCACACGAGAAAUAACGACAAAAUACUGAACUAUCCCGAUGAAACCAGACGUGUCAAUGCCAUUGUCGACAGUGCCAAGGUCAAUGGUACACACAAGAUGUUCAGACUCGAGGACUCGAUGAUGUAUCAUGUCGCUCAGAAGUCCAAUGAUCGUCUCGCUAGCUGGUCCAUGUCCAAUGACCUUCAUGGAAUGAAGAACAGUGGCUUACAGAAACCGAAGAAACACCGGAAGAAGGCAGCCAUGUCCUACUACGCACCCAUCACAACUAAAACCGGCUCAACGAGCAUCCACAAGAACUUCCCUGGGAACGGGAAACCUAAGGCCUUCUAUGUUAUGGAGAAAAGCCGUAAACCCGUUUACUAUCAUCCCCUCCUUCCGUAAUUGAAUUGGCUCGUUGGGAAUCAAUCGAUUCAGGGAGAGCGAGGAGUCGAGGGGAAAUCCAUUUUUUGACUGAUGACAUUAAUUAUUUUAUUAGGGGGAGGAGACCAGUUCGAUUGACAAUUUUUCGAGUUUUCUUGUAAUAUUGACUGAGAGAGAAAGAGACUUGGGAAGUUUUUCAUCGGUGUACUUCGGGUCAUGUCAAUUCUCAAAUUCUAAGGACCAUUUUUUUUUCGCUCUGGCGGGAUUUUCAGUCGAGUGGAAUUCAUUGGCAAAUUGAGUACAAUUAUAGGCAUUGUAUAGUUAAUACCUCCACUGUUGAGACGCAUUUUUCUCAUUCACUGGCAGAAGUUUUUUGAAAUUUCGUGGGAAAUCUGGGAGUGAUUAUUAUAAAAGUGACACUGACGUCAAGUUUUACUGGGAAUUCGAGGAAAUUCAUGAGUUUUCAGGGGAAGUGAGACGGAGAUUUGACAGCUUGAUUGAAUUUUCAAUGCAACAUGAAUAUUUAGAAUCAAAAUUGUAUGAAUUUU